GUCCUUAUUCAUUGUGGGACACAACAAUUAGCUGUGGCUAACUAUCUCGCCAGUUAUAAUUGUAUUGGCACUGUGUGCAACAGCAUGCAAAUUUCAUCGAACGUUUUGGUUAAAAGAAUAUGAGCAAAGAUUCCAAGAUGAGAGCAACAAUUAAUCAGAAGUUAACUGAGAUGGGUGAACGAGAGCGAUUGAAGGAGUUGCUCAGAGCUAAACUCACUGAAUGUGGAUGGAGGGAUCAGCUGAAAGCUCAUUGCAAAGAUGUCAUCAAAGAAAAGGGCUUGGAGCAUGUGACUGUCGAGGACCUUGUGGUAGAAAUCACCCCUAAAGGAAGAGUUCUGGUGCCUGACAGCGUGAAGAAGGAGCUGCUGCAGAGGAUAAGAGCCUUCCUAGCUCAGCAUGCCACAUAAUUGAACCAGUGUGAUCUUUUUUAAACCCUUUUGGUAUCAGAUUUGUUAUAGAGAGCUUGUUUUCUUUUCGCCAUCAUGCUGUUAUUAUUAGUUAUGUGAUCCAAUCUUCCAUCAUGAUUUAGACUUAUUCAAUUGCUUUGCUCAAUGUCUGAUUUUUAAGUUCUUUACAUCAUGCAGUUCUUUACAUGAUGCAACGAUUCAACUUGUCCAUAACUAUACGUUGUAUUAGAAUACAUAACAUGCUAUGCUGUUUUUACAACAAUGACUUUUGUUUUGUGGAUUGUCUUAUUUUUAGUUGGUUUGUCAUUAGGGAAAGGCUUUUGAGAGGGGUUGUAAUAAAGCUGGUUCUAGGUUUUGUAAGAAGUUCAAAGCGAUGUUUUGUUUUUGAAAAAAGGCUUGCAAUGACACUCUUUUAGACCGUGUAAAAGUCGGUCUGUGUAGAUUAACCUAUUUAAUACUCAGAUACUCAAUUGAGUAUCUGGCCUGUAGUUAAUCUCAUACUAGAUGUACUGUAAAAUAAUAUGCACAAAUAAUUAAAUAAUUUACUUAAAUUCAA